UUUAUCUGCUACUUUCGCAUCUCAGCUAGCUCGAUGGGCUCAAGAUUUCCAUCUCACCAGCUCAGCAAUGGCCUCUAUGUAUCAGGCCGGCCUGAGCAGCCCAAAGAAAAGGCACCAACAAUGAGUUCUGUUGCAAUGCCAUAUACUGGUGGUGAUAUCAAGAAGUCGGGUGAACUUGGAAAAAUGUUUGAUAUCACUGGUGAUGGCUCCAAGUCAAGAAAAUCAGGGCCUAUAACCAAUACUGGCCCAAGAACAGGAUCAUUUGUUUCACAUUCUGGCCCCAUUUCAUCGACAAUGGCGACCGGUUCAUCCUCUUUGAAGAAAUCCAAUUCUGGUCCUCUCAAUAAGCAUGGGGAGCCUAUAUCAGGCCGUCAAAACUCAGGCCCUCAACCACCUGUACUCCCUACCACGGGCCUUAUUACUUCUGGGCCCAUCUCAUCUGGACCACUCAAUUCGUAUGGUGCACCAAGAAAGGUCUCUGGUCAAUUGGACUCUAUGAUGGGCUCCAUGAAAAUGGUGAAUGGUCCUUCUCAUGCUGUGACCACUCUUCUAGAUGACAAAUUCUCCUUCAGAGGGAACUUCCCAAAGCCUAUCUUUUGGGCAAUGGUUUUGCUAUUCAUCAUGGGCUUCAUUGCUGGUGGGUUCAUUCUUGGAGCCGUCCACAACCCCAUACUUUUGAUUGUCGUAAUAGUUCUUUUUGGGAUUGUUUCUGCACUGUUUAUAUGGAACUCUUUUUGGGGAAGAAGAGCUAUAAUUGGUUUCAUUGGUAGAUAUCCAGAUGCUGAAUUAAGAACUGCAAAAAACGGGCAAUAUGUCAAGGUUUCUGGGGUGGUGACCUGCGGAAAUGUCCCUCUAGAAUCAUCCUUCCAGAAGGUUCCUAGGUGUAUCUAUACAUCAACAAGCUUGUAUGAGUACCGGGGAUGGGAUUCAAAGGCUGCAAACCCUACACACCGCCAUUUUACCUGGGGGCUUAGAUCAUCAGAAAAACACGUGGUCGACUUUUACAUCUCUGACUUUCAGUCUGGAUUGAGAGCAUUGGUUAAAACUGGCUAUGGAGCAAAGGUCACACCUUAUGUAGAGGAGGAGUCGGUGGUUAUUGAUGUGAACCCACUGAAUAAGGAGUUAUCGCCUGAACUUAUUAGGUGGUUGGGUGAGAGGAAACUCUCAAGCGAUGACCGUGUUAUGCGAUUGAAGGAAGGGUAUAUAAAAGAAGGAAGCACAGUGAGUGUAAUGGGAGUGGUACAAAGAAAUGAAAAUGUGCUUAUGAUUGUGCCCCCUCCUGAACCAUUCACGACCGGAUGCAGUUGGGUGAAAUGUAUUUUUCCAGCUACUCUUGAUGGCAUUGUUUUGAGUUGUGAAGAUGCAUCCAAAACUGAUGCCAUACCGGUGUGAUAUAGCAAGCAGUCAUGCAAGUGUCGGUGGUUUGUGAAGAUGUCAUAGUGAAUACGUAUAUGCUGGUUAUGUGUAUAGUUAGAGAGAGUACUUAGGCCUUUUAUUUUGUUUUCAUUUGCUCUUACAGCAUGAAGAUUCAAAAAGAUUUUGUAAUGGGGAAUGGUUAAAUGUUGGAUCUUCGUUCCAAGUGAAAAUUUGAUACCAUUGGGGUUUUACUCCUACCCAUGCGCAAUGCAUUUUCUUACUGCUUUCUGAUC